AUGGCACCUCUUGAUAACCCGGCAGUACCCAAGGGCUCCACUGUCCUGGUCACUGGAGCUAACGGUCUGUUGGGCUCCCACAUUGCCGAUCAGUUCCUUGAGUAUGGCUACAAAGUCCGCGGCACUGUUCGAGACCCGGAGAAGAAUGCAUGGCUCCAAGCUGUCUUCGACAAGAAGUAUGGAAAGGGCAGCUUCGAGCUUUUCAAGGUCGCCGACCUGACAGUCGAGGGCGCGUUCGACGAGGCCGUGAAAGGCACCUCCGUUGUCGCGCAUACUGCCAGCAUCGUGAGCUUUUCGGCGGACCCUAAUGCUGUCAUUCCCCAGGCCAUUGCAUUUGCUCUCAAUGCCCUCAAGUCAGCUUAUAAGGAGGCUUCCGUGCAGCGAUUCGUUUUGACCUCAUCGUCAUCGGCAGCUGUUCUCUCCAUGUCCGAUUCGACCGCACCUGGUAUCGAUGUGACCGAGGACACUUGGAAUGAAACCGCAAUCAAAGCUGCAUGGGCCGAUCCUCCCUAUACCCAGGAGCGCGGCGCUGUUGUUUACGCCGCUAGCAAAACAGAGUCUGAGCAGGCAGUUUGGAAGUACCACAAAGAAAACCGCAACAGGCGCCCCGACUUAGUUGUUAACACAGUUCUCCCCAACUUCAACUUCGGCAAGUCUCUGGACCCAAUCAAUCAGGGAUACCCUAGCAGCUCCGCUCUCCCUGUCGCACUCUGGCAAGGACAGGUGACACCUUUCCAUCAACUAAUAAAGCCACAAUACUACAUCGACGUCCAGGAUACCGGUAGGCUGCAUGUCGCAGCCGCCGUACUUGACAACGUCAAGGAUCAACGGAUAUUUGCCUUUGCCGGACGGUUUAAUUGGGAUGAAGUUUUAGACAUCCUCCGCAAGGCGGCGCCCAACAAAGAAUUGCCCGAGAACUUCUCUGCCGGAUCAGAUCCCAACGAGAUCAAGCCCCGUGACGCGGCUGAGCAGUUGCUGCGAGAUCUUGGGCGCCCGGGCUGGGUUAGCUUGGAGGAAUCUGUCCUUGCCAACAUCUCAGACUUGAAAGACGCUUGA